CUGCCCCAGCUUCAGUCUGCCACGAUGAUUUGGACCUGGAUUUAUCUCACUGCCCUCCUUCCUGGAGCACUCACAUCCCCGACUCCAUCCCCACCCCCCAGCACCACUAUUACUGAAGGACCCUGUCACAUCCACAGCUCUGGCCUCUCUGCAGACUGUAAGGGACAACAGCUGGACACCGUCCCGUGGACACAGUUCCCCUCCACGCUGGAAGAGAUAGACCUGUCCUAUAAUAAACUCCAGGCUGUCCACGCUGAUGACUUCCUCCGCCUCCCUCGGCUCCGCACCCUCCUCCUGAACUACAAUAACAUUUCACACAUUGACAGUGACGCCUUUAAAAACAACCAGGUGCUGGAGCAUCUCGACAUCUUUAAUAACUCCCUCCAGGAAAUUCCUGCCACGGCUCUGGCUCCUCUGUUGAAUCUGAAAAGGCUCUUCAUGUCAAAUAACCUUUAUAAACACGCCACUCUGGAUGAGCGCUUCUCCAAAUUUGUCAAACUCCAAGUUCUGUCGAUGGGCGGCCCGUUGGUGAUGGGUCUCAAGAAGGCGGAUUUCCAGCCCCUGAAGAACUUGAGGUUACACGGCUUUGCGAUCAAAUGCUCCUCUAAUCUGAGUUACUACGAGCCUGGGAGUUUAGAGGUCAUCCGGACAUUCCAGAUGGGCUUCGACAUGGCCAUAGAUCAACGACCAGCCGCCCUGCAUCACAUGCUGCGAGACCUCGCCAACAAGACCUUCAGCGUCAUCCAGUUCCGCAACCUGUUUGAGUUCAUGUACUACAUGGGAGAGGACGACAUCUUCCAGGGGUUGAGAUACGUCACAGCCCAACAGCUCAUCUUCCACCGGGGGAAAUUCAACGAGAAUCUCAUGAGGAUGGCUCUGAUGAACCUGCAAGAUGCAUCCAUCAGAAAUCUGAGACUCCAGUAUGUCGACUUUGCACGCUCACCUACGUUUAUCGACAGCGGCGGAGACUCCGGUAUCACAAAUCUGGCACUGAAUAAGUUGGAUCUUUGGUAUAUCAGCAACCCUGAUGUGCUGCGCUUUGACUGGCGCUUCACCUGGCUCAACAAAAUAAAGCACCUCUCCAUCCAGUAUGUCUACUUCACCUCUGUUCCCUGUGACUCCUGGGUUGAGAUGACUGACGUGGAGCUUCUGGAUGUCUCCAAUAACCGCCUGAAGGACGAGAACCUUUUCAACCAACGCUGCCAUUACGAGGGCACCAUGCCGAGCCUUCACACCUUCAAUCUGAACAACAACGACCUGACCAGCUUGAAAGACCUGUCAUCGGUCACCAGAGAGUUCAAGCAGCUGCGGGAGCUGGACAUUAGCAACAACAAACUGGGAGCUGUUGAAAAAAGUCAGGGCUGCGUUUGGCAGAAGAAUAUAACUCGCCUCAUCGCUCAUCACAACCAGUUUGAGAGUGAAUCCCUCGGCUGUCUUCCCACCUCGGUGCGCUACCUGGACCUCUCCUACUGCAACCUGGACCAGCUGGACAUGACGUAUUUUCAGGAAGCCACCAACCUGAAAGAGCUCCUGCUCAGUGGGAACAAAAUCAAGUUCAUCCCCUCUAAGUGGGCGAGUCCAUCCCUGCAGACGCUCGCUUUAGACGGGAAUUCCUUCGGUCUCAUCAGCAAGGCAUCCUUCCAGGACAUGCCUCUGCUGUCACGCCUGAGAGCGGGGAACAAUCCUUACCACUGCACCUGCGAGCUCCAUGCUUUCGUGCAGGACACGACGAUGAAGGGUAAAGUUAACCUCACAGACUGGCCUGAGAACUACAGGUGCUACCACCCCGAGCCCUUCCUCAACACGUUCAUCUCCAAAUACCUACCGGGUCAACUUGCAUGUGAUAUCAGACUUGUAAUCAUCAUCUGUGUCGCAACCACUGCUCUGGUGAUCUUCAUACUCAUGCUCAUAUGCUACAUGUUCGACCUGCCGUGGUACACCAAAGCUACCUUCCAGAUCAUCCGGGCCAAAUACAGAGCUCACAAAGAACUGGCGGCAGGCGAGCCAGGAAGCUUCGCGUAUCAUGCCUUCAUUUCCUACAGCCACUCUGAUGCAGACUGGGUGAGGGAUCAGCUCCUGCCUUGUUUGGAGAGUAACAAGAACCCCUACCGCCUCUGUAUUCAUGAGAGGGACUUCAUGCCAGGACGGUGGAUCAUUGAUAACAUCAUUGACAACAUUGAAAACAGUCGGAAGAUAAUCUUCGUCCUCUCCCGGCACUUCGUCAACAGCGAGUGGUGCAACUAUGAGCUGUACUUCGCCCAACAGAGGGCGAUGGGAAAGACCUUCAGCGACGUCAUCCUGGUGGUGAAGGAGCCCAUCGAUCCCAGCUCCCUGCCAAGCAAGUACUGCAAGCUCAAGAAGAUGCUGAGCACCAAGACUUACCUGGAGUGGCCCCAGCAGGUCAGCCAGCAGGCCUUCUUCUGGGCGCAGCUGAAGAGCGUGUUGGGGAAGCCGACGAUGACCCGAGAGGGGGGACACAGUGUCCGGAGCCGGACUUCAUCGAUGGGGGGGAUUUCUGUGAUUGGGCCUCUGAUAGAAGAUGAGAAGGCGGAGGAAGAGCAACAUGGCAUCGACAACGAAGCACAAUCCAUGAAGUGGGAUAACGAUGAGGUGUUGAAUCUGAGACAAAUCCCAGUUGUGGCAUUUUGACCGAAAGGUUGAAAGAUGGUAAAUGUGUGUGUGACAGCUAACAUUUCUUCAGUGUGCCUGACCUCAGGUAACCUUUUGUGUGUGGCUUUGUCAAGCAGGGAGCAAAAGCCAACGUCUCAUUAUGAUGACAGACGAUAACACGAUCCCUCCCCGUCUGUGGCCUUCUGUCAUGUUAUCCCCCAAAGUGCCGAGCCGAUGCCCUCUGCUCCGCUCUCCCUCUGAGCGUCUCCAGGCCGUGGUGUGCCCGCUGACAGCCGCUGAAAGCCCAAAAAAACACUCAGCGGCCUCCAAUGCGAUCUCCCCUGUCGCUCUCUGGAUAACAAGAGAGGUGCCAGGAAGAGGUGGUGACAGGAGCCACAUUGUGAAAGGACGGGGAUAUGUUACAGCCCCAGAUCAUGAAAGUUCAAACUCUGAUGUUUGAAGAAACCUCUAAAGGCUUUUGAUACCAAUACUUCUGAGACUGACCCAGUUUCCAGCCACCUAUGAUCACAAAAAUCCAAACCACAUCAUACUCUGUCUCUUGGAUCCAGCACUCCAUGCCAGACUCUUGAGAACAGACAAUGCUUGGUAGUUGGUAAUGCUCCAGCACAAUGUUUUAAUCAGCCUUUGAGUGCCCACUAAUGAGCAGACAAUUUUCAAAGUGGCUCUCAAUCAGCUUUGUAGGGUUCCUGUAUGAAACAGCUGCAUGUAUGGUCAUGGAGCUACUCAUUUGAUUACACUCCUGUGUGUGUGUCUUGACAUGAGGUGCUCAUAAUGUCUGUCCUUGUCCUCUGAAGUCACAUUUAUGAUAAGCCUACAGGUUUGAAGUUGUGUUCCAGUCCAUUUGUUGGACUUAAUUCCAGUAUUCACUUUCUUUGCAUGCUACAGGAUACUUUGUACAGUUUCUGUAUCAGUCCUGCAGAAAGAAAUGUGCAAAAUAUGA